AUGGAGGAGGAGAAGUCAGAUCUUGCAGCUCAGGUAGUAUUUGCACAGGAGAAGGAAAGGAGGCCCCAUCUCGCCCCUCCCCAGAACGUGACGCUGCUCUCCCGGAACUUCGGUGUGUACCUCACUUGGCUCCCAGGGCCCGGCAACCCCCAGAAUGUGACCUAUCGUGUGGCCUAUCAGAGCUUUCUAGCAGCCCCUGAACGGUGGCGAAAAGUGGAAAAGUGUGCAAGAACCAAGGAGCUGACGUGUUCUCUGAUGUGCCUGGAGAAGCAGGACCUCUUCAACAAGUUCAAGGGCCGUGUGCGGGCGGUCUCUCCCAGCGCCAAGUCCCCCUGGGUGGAGUCCAAGUACCUGGAGUACCUUUUUGAAGUGGAGCCAGCCCCACCCGUCCUGGUAGUCACUCAGACAGAGAAGGUCCUGAAGGUCAAUGCUACCUACCAGCUGCCCCCCUGCAUGCCCCCGUCGGAUCUGAAGUAUGAGGUGGAUUUCUGGAAGGAGGGGACUGGGAACAAGACCCGAUUUCCAGCCACUUCCCAUGGCCAGCCAGUCCAGAUCCCCCUCCAGGCGGAUGCCAGUGGAUACCACUGCCUCAGCGCCAGAACCAUCUACACCUGCGGUGACCCUAAAUACAGCGAGUUCUCCAAGCCCACCUGCUUCUCCCUGGGGACCCCAGGAGUCCACUGGGCAUUCCUGGUGCUACUACCACUUCUGCUGCCGCUGCUGUUGGUUAUCACCACGGGCUGUGUGAUCUGGAGGAGCUUCAGAGGGAACCCCUGGUUUCAGCGGGCAAAGAUGCCACAGGCUCUGGACUUUUCUGGACACAGAUACCCCGUGGCAACCUUUCAGCCCAGUGGCCCAGAGUCCCUGGAGGACUUGACCCUCUGUCCCCAAAAGGAACUGACCAGAAGGGUCAGACUGACCCCUAGAGUCAGGGCCCCAGCCACCAUUCAGGCCGGAUCAGAGGACGACGAUGACGAGGAGGACGACGCAGACAACAAUGUCACCGUCCAGCCCUACAUUGUGCCCCGCGGUUUCCUGGAGCAGGAGCACCAGACCUCCGGGCACUCGGAGGCAGGGGUCCAGGUCGAAGGCUGUCCUGCUUGCGAUGCUUCAGACAGAAGCUGGGCCAGCACUGGCGGCUCCUCCCUCCUGGAGGAGGCUGGGUCCUCUGGCUAUUUGGCCAAGAAGGGGCCAGGCCGAGGGCUGGGUAGGAGCAGGUGUCUGGAGCCUCUCCCAGUCCCCGAAUUCUCCAAGGACUUGGGUUCUCUGGAAGAGCUCCAGAGAAACAGCAUCUCCUGGGCCAGCUGGGGCUCCUCCUCACCGAGGCCGGAUCUGGUCCCCGGGGAGCCUCCAGUUUCUCUUCGGACACUGACCAUCGCCUGGGACAGCAAUGCUGAGGAGGAGGAGGAGGAGGAAGAGGAGGAAGAGGAUGGAGAGGAAUCAGAAAUUGAGGACAGUGGUGCUGGAAGCUGGGUGGCCGACAGCCUCCAGAGGACCGGAGCCAGGAGUAGGACGCUGGGGCAUUACAUGGCCAGGUGAGCUUCCUGCCGAAUCCGGUGCUACUGAGCUUCCCAGGGGCCCAAGACGCCACAGAGACGAGGCCUGGGAGCAUGGUCCUGGGGCAGCCAUGGUUCUUGCAGCGCUUCCAGAACCCCAGCUAGAGGCUGUCAGUUGGCUUGAGCAGUAAGAAGCCACUCCAUCCUGUGGCCCACCCGCCCUGGGCUGAGCCACAAGAGGACUGGAGAAAAGGAUGGGCUCAGCUCAGGUCACCCCCUGUCCCUGGACAACACGAAACAGGUGAGACCAGGUCACUGGCAUCAAGGGCUGACACCACCAGGGCCAUCUGGGCUCGGGAGAGGACAUUCGGAGGCUCAGCUGUGUCAGAGCCUCCUGCCUUCCUCUGGCGCCUUCCUCCCCGAGGCUUGGCCUCCUGACUCAUGAGUUCCCCCUGGGGCGGGCCCCCAAGAGGAAAAGUCUAGUUAGCAGAGGGUGCUGGAGGGGAAGGGAAAGGGCGGCCGUCAUUCACAUCCCAGGCUCCAGCUGUGGAGAAUGCUCUAGGCUUACCGUCGGGCAGACCCGGGUCCAGAUCCCGGUUCUGCCACUUCCUGGUUGUGUGCCCUUGAGUAAGCCGCUCUCCUUCUCCUGGAUUCCUCAUCUAUGACUCCCACCUGGGGCGGGGGGGGGUCCUGAGAGCGAGGUGUGCGA